UCAGGAAAGGGAACCCAGGGUCUUCACAGCCAGCCCCCUCCCCAUGGAGAACAGUUUCCUCGAAUCCUUUGGGAGGCUGAGCCUCCGACAGCAGCCGCAGCAGCCGCCUUCUCGGCCGCCCCCGCGGGGGACACCUUUGCGCCGCCACAGCUUUAGAAAACACCUCUACCUCCUGCGAGGCCUCCCGGGCUCGGGGAAAACCACACUGGCCAGACAACUGCAGCAUGACUUUCCCAUGGCCAUGAUUUUCAGCACGGAUGAUUUUUUCGCCAGGGAAGAUGGUACCUAUGAGUUCAAUCCUGACUUCUUGGAGGAAGCUCAUGAAUGGAACCAGAAAAGAGCAAGAAAAGCAAUGAGGAAUGGCAUAUCCCCCAUUAUUAUUGAUAAUACCAACCUUCACGCCUGGGAAAUGAAGCCCUAUGCAGUCAUGGCACUUGAAAAUAACUAUGAAGUUAUAUUCCGAGAACCUGAUACUCGCUGGAAAUUCAACGUUCAAGAGUUAGCAAGAAGAAACACUCAUGGGGUCCCAAGAGAAAAAAUAGACCGAAUGAAAGAAGGGUAUGAACAUAAUGUUACCUUUCACAGUGUACUUCACGCAGAAAAACCAAGCAGAAUGAACAGAAACCAGGACAGGAAUAAUGCAUCACCUUCCAAUGGUGCAAGAUACUGGAAUUCCUACACAGAGUUUCCAAACCGGAGGGCUCAUGGCAGCUUCACAAAUGAGAGCUCCUUUAGCAGAAGGGGCCGCUGUCACCAUGGAUAUUAGAGGCCUAUCUUUACAGCCAUUCAGAAUUUUCCUAAAUAAGUUUUUACUUC